GGAAUUCUCUGGGUAAUUCUCAGUGUAGCCACUUUUUAGAUCUUAUGAGUUCCAUAAAUAGUUGGAGCGACACAAAUCUUUGAUCUUUUCUUAUAUUUCUUGAGAAGCGUUCUGAGUGAGGAAUAAAUACAAGCAAAAUGGGUUUAGUAUAAUACUGCUGUUAUUUACACCAGCCAGCAAAUCAGAUUACAGGAAAAAUCUGGAUGGAUGGGUUCACAAAUGUUCUGUUGUGGUGAAGAAUGCAGAGAGAAGCUGUUUUCUUACGAUGCAGUAAAACCAAAACAUAAUCUGCCAUAAUCACUGAGGAUUUUGAUUAGCAAAAAGAAACAAAGGGAAGUGACAAUGGGGCGAAAGAAGAUCCAGAUUACCCGCAUAAUGGAUGAGAGAAACAGACAGGUGACGUUCACAAAGAGGAAGUUUGGUCUGAUGAAGAAGGCGUAUGAACUCAGUGUUCUGUGUGACUGUGAAAUAGCCCUGAUUAUCUUCAACAGCUCCAAUAAGCUCUUCCAGUACGCCAGCACAGACAUGGACAAAGUUUUGCUGAAAUACACAGAAUACAAUGAACCACACGAGAGCAGAACCAACUCUGACAUUGUGGAAGUGCUGAACAAGAAGGAGCACAGAGGUUGUGACAGCCCAGAUCCAGAGUCUUCAUAUGUCCUCACACCUCACACAGAGGAGAAAUAUCAGAAGAUUAAUGAAGAGUUUGACAAUAUGAUGAGAAAUCACAAAAUUCCGGCCUCUUUGGGUCACCAGAGUUUCUCCAUGCCAUUGACUUUGCCCGGCACCCUGUCCUACAGUACAGACAGCUCACUGGACACCCCAGCGUCCCUCAGCGGGGCGAACAUACCGCCUCUGUCCUCCAACGGCCUCCAGAGCACCAACAGCACUGCUGUCGUGGAUGGUUUGCCAGGAUCCUCAGAUGUUACGCUUCCAAACGGUGUGCAGUCCAGUCAUGUGGCCAAUGGCUUCGUCUGUGGUUCGGAAGGAAGCAGUAUGGGAAGAGUCGUUUCUGCAAAACCUCAAGCGUCGUCUACAGUGGGCCGCAAACCUGAUCUGAGAGUGCUCAUUCCUCCUGCAUGCAAGAGCACCGCUGCUUCACUGCUGCCAGAAGGAGAGGAGCAUUUGAGAACAGACAACUCUCAGUCCAGCCAAUCACUGACCACACCUGUGGUAUCCAUGUCAACCCCCAGUCUGCAUCCCCAGGGCCUUGUGUACUCAGCCAUGACCUCAUCAUUCAGUACAGAUUUUGCCUUGAGCAGUGCAGAGGCCAGUUCUUUACACGGCUUCAGUUCACCAGACACUGUCACAUCAGGUCCAGGGUCUUCAUGGAAACACAGCCAACAUAGCCAGCCCGGGUUCAGUGCUCAGAGAAGCGCACAACCUCAGGUUCAGGCCUCUGACUCUUCCACCAUCUCCAUCAGCAUCAAAUCAGAGCCCAUCUCUCCUCCCAGACACUCGGUGUACCCCAAUAUUAGGCCUCGGCCCAACUCCAGACAGGAAGUCGAGAGCUUCAGCUCUUCUGCUAGUUCAUAUGAGGGCAGCGACCGUGAGGACCAGCGGCUGGACUCUCACACGGCCACCGCGGUAUCAGCACAAGGCAGCAGAUCAUCGCCCGAGACGGAGAACCAGCAGGAUCCCUCAGUCAAACGCAUGCGCACAGACAGCUGGGAAACUUAGGACAAUGGAUGGACUUUAAACAAGUCCAAUUUCUGUCAACAGAUAUGCAGACUGAUAUGCCAAGACUCCUCUAAAGCAGCAGGUGUAAGUUCUUGUGAAUGUGUGCAGGUAUUUACAAGAAUUUACAUUGUUAAAAAUAUAAGUUAUGAAGUGUCUGACACUUAUUUUUUUUUUAUUGUCGAUAGAGGGUUAGCCUUGCUGCAUUAUUUGCAGUAUAUUAUUUUUGAAAGCUUUUGUCUUUUGUAUUUUUAACUGAAUCCUCAAUCAAAGCCAUAUAAAUAUUGAUUGGGACUUGCUGUUUGUUGUGAUGAAGUGUAUGUGUUUGAUGCCCUGGUGAUUACAAAUUUUAUUUCAUUUUUUGUGCUAUGGCAAGUUUUAGAUGAACCUCAGGUAUCUGCAUGUCAAUCAUCAACUGGCAGCCAAAUGACACUUUCAGGUUUUUCAAGGUUUGUGGAGAAAAGAUGAUAAAAUGGUCACCCUAGUGGAUUAUAAAAUGAGCUAAAAAUCAUAAAAUUGCCUUUUCGGCCUAAAACAACAAUCCCUCUGUAAGAGAACGCAGUAUAAUUAUGUCAUUUUCGCAAAAUAAUUUGGAAAAUUAGAUGAUUAAUAUAAUUUAUGCAGUGUAAAUACUGUUACUUUAAAAACCCUGCAUUUAAAAAUAUAUAUAAAGAAUAUUUAAAUGUUUUUAUCCUUUAUUCAGACUUUAUAUCCAUUUGCUAGUUGUUAUGUGAACAUUGAGCCCACUGUCUCCCAUGAGAUGCUUAGGUAUUUUGCUGCUAAUACCAGGUUUUAUUUUACGGCUGUUCAGUAAAUCUUUUUACAUGCCAUACAAUAUCACUUCUCACUUGAUGACAAUGCAAUCUAUGGAACUCUACUGGAUGUCAAAUUUUGUUCUCAGAUCUAGAAGCUGAUCCCUUUUAUUGUUUGUACACCAUGAUAAAUAGCAAUAAACAUCAUGUUAAUCA